UGGCCGUCGUACCGAGUGUUACGGUCUCCGUCGUCGUAGGGAGACGAUUUCUACUCCGAUCUCUAUCCUUCUGUCUGCUCAUCGCGUCGUCUUCGUUACCGCGGAUUGCUUGGGUCGCGAAAUCGUCGAUCGUUUUCUCUUAUCGUUCCUUCUUUCCCCCGUCGACAGCUCUCUCAUUUUUUGGAAUCUCGGGGCCUGACUAAUUUUUCAAUGGACCCUGAUCGAGAAACGGAGCGCUUUUACCUCGACACCGACAUCGAGGAAGUAAUGUAAUGUGCGGGAUCUUGUAAUGGUACAUCUCGGGACGCGAUUCGAGAAGUUUGUACGAGACGUCAAUGUCGCGCGGAUAACAGGGCACGUCCCCCUCGUCCAAAUGCGGGAUGUCGUAGCGAGACGCGACAUCAGUUUGUCAGCGAACCACCGUAAGCGGAUAACAUUCUGAUACAGGGUUGAUGCCUGUUAAGCGACUUGGACGUGACGUGGCUCGGUAAUCACUGUCGAUCGUUCUGAAGAACUGAGUCCGAGUCGAAUGCGGAAUUUAGAGAAGACCGCGAACAAUAGAAUAGCUUAUUUUUGUCUGUAAGGAAACGUAUAUUAUACGGAGCACCCGUGCCGCGUCGAACAAGUCACCGACGCUUUAAAUCAAGUGAUGUCAUAGUGUAAACAAUCUUGGAUAUAAUUUAAAGUGUCACUACGUGAUAAUAGUUGCGAUUUCGAGAUCACGUUGACGAACCGACUAUUGUUGAUUUAUUGUGGGCAUUCGACGUCCGUAAACGCUCACCGCUAAUCGGAUCGGAGUGAAUCUUGUUGUUGAGCGACGGAGCGAGUGGUUUUAGUGACACGUCUCGACCAGGCUUGCAUGAAUAGACGCGCAGUGGGCAAUAACCGGUAACGUGACGCGGUGUCGCGGCGUGUGAUGAUUAGGAGACAGAGAACCGGUACCAAGCGCAGGCAACGAGUUCACUAAAGAUGCGUGGGCUCGUCGGUCGGCACGAAGGUCCCGGGAGAAGAUCGCUGUCGCUGUCAUUGGCCUAUUACUGCCUGCUCGUGCCAGUGUACCACGUGCUCGCCGUGACCAGCGAGCUACCGCCGAGGCUCGAUUUGCCCGACUAUUGUUCGUGGGAUUCGCGCCAGGAUGGCGCGCUCACCUGCGUGCAUCGUUACACGGGCAACGACUCGCUCAAGACGAAUUUUUCUCAGGCCACGAGCGAGUACGUGACCUCCAUGAACAUCGUCUGCGAGGAUUCCGAUCUGGAAGACGACAGUGGCGUACUCAGCGUGGACAGCUUCCUUCACCUAUGGCGGCUGCGGUCGUUGAAACUAACUGGAUGCAAGUUGGUGCAUUGGCCGGCCAAGUUACUCAGCAGUCUACGCGAUCUUCGUAAUCUGACCGUUAGAACGCUGAACGGGCACAAAACCAACUACAAUCUGGAGUUGGAAAAGGGCGCUUUCGACAAUAUGCCGCAAAUCGAAAAACUCGAUCUAUCAUGGAACAACAUCUGGCAAAUACCACAUCCCCUGUUCUGUUCCUUAUCAAACUUGGUAACUUUGAACAUCUCGUGGAAUUUGCUGAAGGACAUCACGGAACUCGGAUUUCAAGAUGUCAGUGAAGAGAAAGUAUCCGAGAAGCAUCCGAGACGUCAACUGGAGUCCACGUCGGCCCGUCCCUCGUGUUCCCUGGACGUGCAGUCAUUGGACAUGUCGAACAAUCAAAUCUCCGUACUGCCAAUCAACGGAUUUUCAUCGUUGAAACGUCUCAGAGUAUUGAAUUUGUCCAGCAACGCGAUCUCCAUGGUAGCAGACGAGGCUCUGCACGGACUCAGGUCCCUCGAGAGCCUCGACCUAUCUGGGAACAAAAUCGUCGCUUUGCCGGCGGCGUUGUUCCGAGAUGCGACCAAGUCGUUGAAGGAGCUGAUAUUGCAAAACAACUCUAUCAGUGCGCUGCCGGGUUUAGUGACCGAUAUGAAUCAACUAGUCACUCUCGACUUGUCAAGAAACGUCUUGACUAGCAUGUGGUUGAACGCGGAGACAUUUUCCGGAUUGAUACGCCUCGUACUCCUGAAUCUAUCGUACAAUCGGAUUAGCAGGCUCGAUCCGGCAAUCUUCAAAGACCUCUAUACUUUGCAGAUUUUAAAUCUCCAAUUCAACGAGAUAGCAACGAUAUCAGCGGACACUUUCUCGCCGAUGAGCAAUCUACACACCCUAGAAUUAGCUCACAAUCGUUUGACUUAUCUUGAUGCUUACUCCCUGAACGGAUUAUUCGCGCUGUCGCUGCUGGCCUUGGACUCCAACUUGCUCGAGGGAAUUCAUCCGGACGCCUUUCGGAACUGCUCAAGCAUGCAAGAUUUAAACCUGUCCGGCAACAAUCUCGACAGCAUACCGGUGGCGCUAAAAGACAUGAGGAUAUUGCGGACCCUCGAUCUGGGCGAGAAUCAGAUCAGAAGUCUGAAUAAGCCCGGUUUCCGAGGAAUGUCAAGUCUGUAUGGACUAAGAAUGAUCGGCAACGAGAUCACUAACAUCACGCAAGAGGAUCUCGUGGAAUUGCCGGCGCUACAGAUCUUAAAUCUGGCCAGGAACAGAAUCGAAUUCGUGGAGGACGGUGCGUUCGCUGCCAAUCCGGCGCUUCAAGCGAUUCGACUCGACUCAAAUUUGUUGCAGGAUAUGUCCGGCAUUUUUGCAAGCGCGCCCGGUCUUUUGUAUCUGAACAUGUCUGACAACAUGAUCACGCAGUUUGAUUACAGCUAUCUGCCUGAAAAAUUACAGUGGAUGGAUCUACAUAAAAAUCUUAUUACGGAUCUUGGCGUCGCGCCACGGAAUAUGAGAUUGCAGACGCUCGAUAUGUCGUUUAACCGGCUAACAAGGAUACAUUCUCGGUCGAUCCCGGAUUCCAUCGAGCUACUGUUCGUCAACAAUAAUUUGAUAUCUGCCGUGGAGCCGCAAACAUUCUUCGCCAAGACGAAUCUCACUCGAGUGGAUCUCUAUGCGAAUCUGAUCGUCAAGAUGAACCUCUCGGCGUUCCAACUUACUCCGGUGCCAUCUAACAGGCAACUUCCGGCGUUCUACAUUGGCGGAAAUCCCUUUAUAUGCGACUGCACCACGGAGUGGUUGCAGAGGAUCAAUUCGCUUACGCUGAGACAGCAUCCAAGGGUGAUGGAUCUCGAGUCCGUUUACUGUAGAUUACCUUACGAUCGUCACAAGUCGUUUAUACCGCUGCUGGAAGCCAAAUCCUCGCAAUUCUUAUGCACUUACAAGGCGCACUGCUUCGCUCUCUGCCAUUGCUGCGACUUCGACGCUUGCGACUGCGAGAUGACAUGCCCGACGAACUGCACGUGUUAUCACGAUCAAUCCUGGUCGGCGAAUGUCGUCGACUGUUCCAGCUCGGGCUAUAAAACUUUGCCGGGUCGAUUACCGAUGGAUGCGACGGAGGUUUAUCUCGACGGGAACAAUUUCGGGGAACUGAAUUCUCAUUCGUUCAUUGGCCGGAAGAACUUGCAGAUUCUUUACGCGAACGAUAGCAACAUCAUCGCGAUCCGCAAUCACACUUUCAGUGGUUUGAAGCGGCUGCUUGUGCUACAUUUGGAAAACAACAAGAUAAGCGUGCUUAACGGCGUGGAACUGAUGCCGUUGGAAAAUUUGAAGGAGCUGUAUCUGCAGAAUAAUCUGUUGACAUAUAUCGAUAACGGUACAUUCUUGCCACUGCGUCAGCUAGAGGUCUUGCGUCUGGAGAACAAUCGACUCGGCACUUUCGCCCUCUGGCAACUGGGCCAGAAUCCAUAUCUAGUCGACAUCGGUUUGUCCAGUAAUCCGUGGAACUGCGAGUGCUCGUAUUUAGAUCGCGUACGGGAGUGGAUGUCCCGUAACCGGGCGAAAAUCAACGACUGGCGUAGCGUCACCUGUUCUCUCGGUGUGCCCAUAACUCUCCCAGCGAACGGAUCGGUCAUAAAUUGCGCGGCAUUAACGGGCACGACUUCCGUCGUCGAGGCGCAUCCGCUCGAGGCUUAUCUGCCGCUGCUGCUCGCCACAGUCGUGCUGAUUUUCGCAGCAGUCGCUUUGGUGUGCGGGGCAAUCAGACAUCGUCGUACUCUGAGAACCUGGGCCGCCAGCAGAUGCGGUCUGCGGGCGUGCUACAAGACCGCAGCCUUCGAGGAUCAGGAGAAACCGUUCGACGCCUACAUCUCCUAUUCUGCGGUCGACGAGGCCUUCGUCUCGACGAUUCUCGUACCGGGUCUUGAAACUUCGUAUAGGCUGUGCUUACAUUAUCGAGAUCUCGGUGCCGGCAGCAACGUCGCCGACGCCGUAGCCGAAGCCGCCGACUCAUCAAGGCGCACUAUUCUCGUAUUGUCGAAGAACUUUCUGCACGGCGAGUGGUCCAGGUUCGAAUUCAAGGCGGCCCUGAGGGACGCUCUCAAGGGAAAGGGCCGUUCGGUAAUUUUGCUUCUGGUGGGCGGUGUGUGCCCACGGGAUCUCGACGCCGAUCUUAAAAAGAGAAUCUCGUCGCACACCGUGCUGGUAUGGGGAGACAAGUUGUUCUGGCAGAAGCUGAGGUUCGCCAUGCCGGACGUGUCUCCCGUUCCCGUUUUAGAGAGACCCCUGCCGUUGCCGCCGCCGCCGCCACCUCCGGUGCAUCAUCAAUGGACGUAGAGCUGCCGUUAUUUAGAUGUUUCCAAAAGUAUUAUUGAAUCACGUUACGCAAGGAGUAAUCGGAAAUCGCAGUAAGGAAGGACUCCUGACUGCCGCGACUUUUCUCUCUACUUAUUAUCAGAAGCAUUUCUUACUAUUGCAAUGUAACCUGUAACACGGUGUCCGAAUAAAUAAGCGGUUAUUCGUAUUUUUGAGAAUCGUGAUAGCUUCGUAGUGAGCAAAUGUAAUUAGCGCGAGAGGAGAAAAAAAAAAAGAAAAUUGAAGCAUACUACCUGUAACUCGUAUUGCAACGAAGUAACGUUUUUUCCUCUUUCUACUCGAUGCUAGUUUAAUCGACGAUAAUCGAUUUAUUAAAGUUCUUCGGUAAUUCUCUUGUUUAGUCAAAAGCGGAGAUCGAUGUAUGUACAUAGCGAGAGUUUUGUAUAUUUGUAAAAUAGAUAGGGCAUUUUAUUAUAAAUAUACAUAUAUAUAUAUACAUAUAAAUAUACAUAAACAAUAAAGUUAUUUAUAUAUAUUUUAAUCACAAAAGGUAAGCGUACUUCUUUUUUUCAUCCUGGCACACUCGCGCGAUACAACUUCGCCUAUCGCCGUCGUCCGCGUCUCAUUGUUCCGUUUAAGCGGCGGGGCGGACGGGUCCGACCGGUAGAUUGCGACGCUUAAUCUAAAAUUCUAUCAGCCGUUGUGUGUAUAAUGUAUAUCCAUUUGUACAAAGUUGCGCGAGAGCAUUAAUAUCAUUAACGCCGGCGAAAGGCCGAUUCGUUUGUUUGAAUGGGCCGAGCCCUCCGCCCCGCGAACGCCCUGCAACGGCAACGGCAAGUCGGCAAAAGUCCGGCGAAGUCGGCGCCAAAAGCAUUAAAUAUUAUUACAUCCGGCAUUACGUUUGCCGCUACAGUUGCUGCUACGGCGCGCGUCGAUGAUUAAUAGGGAUACUCUCCGCGUAGCGUGACGUCGAGUAAUAUGUGCGCAUUGUAAUAAUAAUAACUCAGUACGAGAGGCAUAAAUUCGCGGAUGGGUUAAUUAGUACAAAUUACUGCGGUAUCAAUUCUCGCCUGCUGUUAUAUCGCAAGCGGUCCGGCGCGCGCGAUGGCGUACGCGCGCGCGGACCGAUGAAUUAAUUCCGUUAAGUCAUGUCUUGCGACGCGACAAAUUGUAGAGCUCGCCGAACGAAAUCGAGACUAUGUGUAAAUAUUAAUUUUCUGUUGUAUCGAUGUAUCAUAAUUGUAUUAAAAGCUAAUGUCCCCUUUGUAAAUGUUGCCGCCUGUCGAGGCGGCAGCAAUUAAUGGUGAUUACUUGCGUUUCGCAAUAAAAAGAAGGCUAAAGUGACAACGAUGGCGUCCUUAACUCACCCAGAAUACUUUACCCGGGAGAAAUGUUUAAUUGUGCUUUCCUUAACUUUGUGUUUAUUACGAAACUCCCGGUAUUGAAACGUCAACGUUAUUUCUUCCAUAUACAGCG